AUGGUGAUGCUAACAUUUGGGCGUUUCCUCAGUCGACCCUAUCCGCAUCGCCGUGACGGUCCUACGCUUUUUGUCUUCCAACAGAAACUCAUCAUGGAGGACGGUGGCUCCGACCAAAAGCUCCCGGUGCGAAAUGACUCGCCUUUACUGCACGCGGCCGCAGGCGACGAUGACCUAUCCGAUGUGGACGUGCUCACAGACUCUGACAACUACUAUUCACCACCUGCCUCACCAGGAAGGUUGUCCCGGAGCCCUUCGUUCUCGUACCAAGAUGAUUGGGAGACCUUUCCAUCCCUUGACCAGCUGUCGGUCUUUGACUUGCUCGAUAAUCUUUCCCUUUCGCAACGGCUCGAAAAGCUUCAGCAAACGAUCAAUGCGCAGAAAGAGAAAGUGCGCAAACAACGCGAGAAACUGAAAUAUACUUCUAUAAAUGCAAAGGAUCGCGUCGUGGGCGAAUGGAAAAAGCGGGUUCCCACGGCCGACGAGCGCCUGGACAAGUAUCGCCGGCGGAUGAAGGUCGGGGUUGAACGCUUGGGCAAGCAAUGGAACGAAGCGGCCACAGUCACUCUGCGUGAAAAGGUAUCAUUCAUUGCCGGUGUCCUCAACAUCUUCAUCAGUGGCUAUCUCAUCGGUGCCCACCCCGAAUAUUUCUACAUCUGGUUCAGCGCGCAGCUGGCGUACUUCAUGCCCAUUCGGUAUUACCGAUAUCACAAGAAGGGGUAUCAUUACUUCUUGGCCGACUUGUGCUACUUUGCCAAUGUGCUUUGUUUGUUGAGUCUCUGGGUCUUUCCCGGAUCGCCGAGACUCUUUAUUAGCACAUUCUGCCUGGUGUUCGGGAAUAAUGCGGUUGCAAUUGCCAUGUGGCGGAACUCCAUGGUAUUCCAUAGCAUGGAUAAGGUUGUGAGCCUUUUCAUUCACAUCAUGCCUCCGAUGACCUUGCAUUGUCUUGUUCACCUCACCUCGGCCGAAACACUGAAGGAUAGAUUCCCCGCCGUGUAUAGCAUCAAGUUUAGUGACCCUGGGUCUCCAGAGCACUUUUCUCUUCUCUCUAUGAUGGGCUGGGCGACCGUACCGUACAUUGUCUGGCAGCUUGCCUAUCAUUGCUUCAUCACUGUCCGUCGAGCAGAGCAGAUCGCUGCUGGACGGCCGACCAGCUUCACCUGGCUUCGCAAAUCCUACUCGAAAGCCUGGAUUGGCAAAAUCGUGCUUAGCCUUCCGGAGUCACUACAGGCUCCCGCGUUCAUGCUGAUCCAAUACCUCUACGCGAUGCUGACUAUGAUCCCUUGUCCGCUGUGGCUGUGGUACCGGUGGGCCAGUGGGAUCUUCUUGACCUGUUUGUUCGUUUUGAGCAUCCAUAACGGCGCAACCUAUUAUAUCGAUGUAUUUGGCAAACGAUUCCAGAAAGAAUUGGAAGAACUGAAGAAGGAUGUUGCACGCUGGCAAUCGUCACCCGAAAACAACGCCACGGUCGCUGGGCUCGAUGAGAAAGCUACAACAGGAGAGCAAGCUUCGAAAGGCAUGGUAUCCGACCAGUCCGGUAUUGACAAGAUUCCUCCUCUUGACUCCGGCGCUGCCUCGACGGGCGUGCAAGAACCGAACUCCGCGGGCGACUCAUCGAUUCGUGAAAGGAAAUAA